AUGAACACUAGCUCCGGCUCCAGCUCUGGCUCCGGCUCUGGCUCCGGCUCCUCUGACUCCUCUGGCUCCUCUGGCUCCGGCUCUGGCUCCAGCUUUGGCUUAUCUGGCUCCUUUGGCUCCUCUAGCUCCGGCUCUGGCUCCAGCUCCUAUGGCUUCUGCUUUCUUAGUCCAUCCCUUCACCAUGAUCGUGUCGGGACCCACGUCGUGUGGAAAGACUUCUUUGAGGAAGAGGAAGACCAGGAAGAGGAACCUUCGUCGCUCCAACCCCCAGGACCUGUGAAACCAGCACAGCCAGCUGUUGCAGAUUUAUCUCAUCAGACGGAGUUCUUGGAUUCAACGCCGCCGAUGUUGGACACAGCGAUGUGUGAGAAUCCACAGCCGGCGACUCCUGUUCCAGCCCCCAGGGCAGCUCCGGUGCAGUGGUCAAUUAUACGGACUGCUCCUGUCGAGCCGCCUAGAAUCCCUAUUGUUGCAGCUGCAACAGAAAAGAGGAAGGCGAAAUCACAUUGA